AGAAAGCCAUCCAAUGGUCAGGCAGCAGAACAGCUUUUAUCUGUGAGUUUUCUGCUUUCUUUAUGUGUACCCCCCUUCCGUUCCUCUUCUUCUCCUUUCGCAAUAAUGAUGAUUCCGUAGCCCUCCUCCUCCUUCCUUCUCAAACUACAAACAUCAACCCCCCCUCCCUCUCUUCUUCUUCCUGUUCUUCUUCUUGUUCUUCUUCUCUCUCUCUCUCUCUCUCUCCCUCCUGCUGUGGCAUAUUCUCUCUCUCUCUCUCUCUCUCUCUUCCCUUGUGGAAGCGAAAUCUGUGCAAAGCGCAGAGGGUGCUGCAGAAAGUCUUGCAUCUCUGAUCCCAAUAUCGUCUCUGCCUCUCUCUCUCUCCUUCCCUCAUGCGCACCCUUAACGAGAAAACUGUCUUCUUCUUCUUCUUCUUUUCAUCAUCGUAAUAUUCACUGUCUAUUCUCAAUAUACUUCCCCAACCCCCUCUCUCUCUCUCUCUCUGUGGUCCUCUCUCUUUCUUCAAAACCCUCGUCACUCCUCUUCCUUGCCACAAAUAAAAAGUACUGACUUUCUUCGCAAUACCCUUUAAGGCUUUCAAUUCCCCCUAUCUUUCUUUCCACUGGUGGCUAUAUAUCCUCCUAAUACUUCGACUAAAUUCUCUUGUACUCAAGCAUACACAACAAGUACCAUAGCCCACCAAAUGCAAGGGCCCAACUUGGCCAUGAUGGGGGGCGGCGGCAGCAGCGGCGGGGGCGGGAUCGGCGCCGGGCUGAGCGGUGAGGCAUCGUUCUUGGGCGAUCAGCAGCAGCGCCAGCUCAAGGCGGAGAUCGCCAACCACCCGAUGUACGAGCAGCUGCUGGCGGCCCACGUGGCAUGCCUCCGCGUCGCGACCCCGAUCGACCAGCUGCCGCUGAUCGACGCGCAGCUCACGCAGUCGCACCACCUCCUGCGCUCCUACGCCGCCUCCUCGGUGCAGCACGGCCGCAACAGCCUCACUCCUCACGACAGGCAAGAGCUUGACAAUUUCUUGGCACAAUAUCUGGUGGUACUAUGUAGCUUCAAAGAGCAGCUUCAACAACACGUUAGAGUCCACGCCGUUGAAGCCGUCAUGGCCUGUCGUGACAUCGAAAACACCCUCCAAGCUCUCACUGGAAUGAGUUUGGGCGAAGGGACCGGCACGACGAUGUCGGAUGAUGAGGAUGAGUUGCAAAUGGAUUUCUCGUUGGAUCAAUCCGGUGCUGAUGCUCAUGACCUGAUGGGAUUCGGUCCUCUCCUUCCAACUGAAUCAGAAAGGUCUUUGAUGGAGAGAGUUCGCCACGAAUUGAAGAUCGAACUCAAGCAGGGUUUCAGGUCAAGAAUUGAGGAUGUUAGGGAGGAGAUACUACGGAAAAGGAGAGCCGGAAAAUUACCUGGCGACACUACUUCUGUGUUGAAAACUUGGUGGCAACAACACUCAAAGUGGCCAUACCCAACUGAAGAUGACAAGGCGAAACUCGUGGAGGAGACAGGGUUGCAGCUGAAGCAAAUAAACAACUGGUUCAUCAACCAACGGAAGCGAAACUGGCACAACAAUUCCCAAUCUGUCACCUCCUUGAAGUCCAAGCGCAAGAGGUAGGCGCAACGGACCGACAUGCUCGUCUUUGUGCCACUAACUGAAACGCGAAACUUAUAAAUCAGUAUUGACUCUGAUAUAACCUUCUGAUCGACUGGGGGUAUACGUUAUAACUAGAGCUGAGCACUUGUGGUGGUGGAUCAAGCAGUGAUGGUAAUUAGAUGAUUCAUUAUGGGGUUAGUGCCUGUAACAAAUUAUGCAAAUUCCUGUAGAUUACAUACACAAAACCCAGAAAAUUGAUGUCUUUUUGUUUGGUUAGAAGUGCUUCUGUUGCCUAAUCUCUCUUGUAUUUAGGCCCAAAACGAACAAGAUGUUAAUUUGUUUUUCGUUUUGUAAAAUUUUGGUUUUUUUGGCGGUGA